CGAUGCUCGACAUCUGCUCAACAGCGUGGCUACUGCGUGCGCUCAGUCUCAUCUUCAAUGCUCCCCUAAUUGGACAGGAGAAAUCAAUGUUAAGGGGUCAGAUUAGAAUGCUUGGCGAGCGAAAGUGGGACAAUGCUUGGGAUAACACUGAUAAGCUUGCAUGAGACCAGCGAAUUGCAAGACUUGUGUUGACUUACAAAAGCAUCGAUGAGUGUUUGAACGUCUUCCCCUGAAGGCGUCUAAGACAGCCUCUGACGUAUCUAGGGGUUUUGUUGCGCGCCGUCACUAGCACGAGGCUAACUGCUUCAGGGAUUCCGGUCUGAAUCGCAGCGGGUAGCAAAACGAUAUAAGCUAGACCAACACUCAUCAUGCAAUCUGCCUCAUCCUCCACCUCCACCUUGGUCGACGCGUCUCUGUCUCCUAUCGACGCAGCUGACGUCGUCAAGUCCAUCCCGGAGUCGCCUGGACACGCCGACCUUGCCGCGGUGCUCUCAUCCUGCACCGAAGAGGUUCCGCGGGCCGCGUCCCCCGAUCUCGAUGGACCUCUCCACAAGCCCCUCGACAAGAUUGACGGUACCGUUGACAACGAGCUUCUCUUGAGGACGGUUCUAGCCGUCAGUACCUUGAACGCCCGCGUCGACAUUCUCAAGGGCGACAUUAACGCCCGUUUCGAGGCCUUCGACCACGACUUCACCUCCCGCUUCGACGAUUUCCGCGAGCAAGUCUUCUCUCGCUUGAGGGAGGUGGAGAAGGCGCCCGUGGCUCAGUACGCCGCGACUAGAAAGGAGCUGCAGGAUGUCCGUAAGCUCGUGAUCGGGAAGGCGCUCGAGAUCGGCAAGAUGAAGACGGAGACGCGCGAGGAAAGGACAACGAGAAUGCUUGAAGGCUGUCAGCAGCGGGUUCAGGUGUUGGCGGAGGUAGAUAAAUCUGCCUCUUCUCGCCGGCUCGCUUCCAGCCUCACAUCUCCGAUGUCUCCUGUUAGGGGGAAGGUUAAGGCUGGCGAAGCGCAUGAGCUGCGCGACAUUGCUAUGCGCUCUCAAGCAGGGAUCGAGAAUGUGUGCGAUGUUUCUCUCACUUUCUUAUCACCACCCCGUCGGCAGAUCUCCUUGAAAGCCAAGAGUCGUUUCAAGGCACUGCUGUCUCCCCGCAAGCAUUCCACACCGAAGGGGAAGAGCCAAUCCAGUGUGAUGGCGUCUCCGUGCAAAGUCCCUCCAUCGCCUUUACCCCGAGGGUCGAUGGCACAGAAAGAGAAUAUUCUCCGGGAACAACCCCAGAACCGUUCUAUGCGGCAAAAUCGGCCAACAUCUUCUCUACCCAGGCCGAGUGGGUCAUCGAGAUACUCCGGGGGAAAGUCGUUCUCUAAGCUCACUUCGAAACUUCGCAUGCCUGGAACGUCCCUUGUCAACAUGGCAAAGGGCGCCUCAAAGAAUCACUCGAAUGGCCCCUCGUACACCGACGGUGUUCUGGAAGAGGUCUCAUUCGUUGUUGACGCUCCUCAGGACGACGUAGCCGAUGACUCCUUGUGUCUUCUUGACAACGCGCUACGUGAGUUUGAGGAUGAGGUCAUGCUAACUAGCACUGCGCUUCCUCGCUCUUCUCAACGCGCUGGCCCUUUAAGUUUGCAACGUACGCGCCACCAGGGCUCGCGCGAUGAGGAAUCCUUCCAUCUUCCCGAAGAAUUUGCGAAGAAGACGGUCAACCAGACGUUGACCACUAUGCCCCUCCCUCUUCGCGGUAACGAUUCGUCCUCGUACCUCAGUAUCCAAAAACGCGCCACAAACGCCGCGUCGAUGCUGACCUCUCUCACACCCCAUUUCCCUUCCCUGCUUGUGACCAGCCCCACAUUCGAGUUCUGAACGGGAAACGAGUGCGACGUUUCUCUUUUAGUGCUUGUGUGUGAGAUUUGCCACGAGUAUUCCCUCCCAAUCCCUUUCUUAAUCUAUGGCUAGUGUUCCAUGUGUAUUCCGAAUGGGUGGCGCUCAUACCGCCACCCAUUUAGCAUAUACUUGUAAGGCUAGCCAUGGGUGUAUCUUCCCG